AUGCAUCAGAAGGAGGCUAGUGGCACAUGGGUAUCUUCUUUUGCUAGAGAUGGACGGUUCUGUAUGGCAGCUCUACGGGAAAGAAUUGAAAGAGCAUCAUUCUCGGUAUGUGACGGAAUCUUCCUAUGGAUAAAACUGGUUCCAUUAAAAGUAUUGGGCUUUAUUUGGAGAGCGAAACAAAGUCGAAUACCCUCAACUGAAGCACUCAAAACCAGGGGAGUUACAAUGGACUUAACUAUCUGUGGUGCCUGUAAUAUGACAGAUGAAACAGGUGACCAUAUUCUUGCAACAUGCACGUUGGCGAGGGAUGUAUUACGGAUGAUCCUUCAUUGGUGUGGUUUACCGGAGACAGAUUUUCAUUCAGUAUCGGACAUAAUUGAUUAUGCAUCUAGAUGGGGAAGAUGUCCUAAGAAGAGGAGUAGAUUAACUGCGAUCUUAUUUGGAAGAAUGGUGUUUCAUUGUCGAUGUUUCUCAUUCGAAUAUGAACCCAGAAGUCGAGGAAAAUCGAGUUCGACUGAAACAUUUUAUACCGCUUCGUCGGAUUUCAAACGGUCCAAAUCCGAUCAUCUUACCUCCUCAAAUUUUACCCUAAAAGGAAACAAUCUUAGGGUCUUCACAUUCGACGAGCUCAAGUCAGCAACUAGCGAUUUUUCCAUGUCUUCCAAGAUCGGAGAGGGUGAAUUUUGGAGCGUCCAUAAGGGCACAGUUAAGAGUCUGGAAUGUCCGUUUGAUGAGAUUCAUGUAGCUGUAAAGCUCGCCAAUGGACGAUUGCCGGGGCAUAUAAAACGGCUAAGGGAGGCGAGUCUUCUUGGUGUGAUUGAUCAUCCAAACCUCGUAAAACUAGUUGGUUACUGUGUAGAAGAUGAUGAAACGGAAAUAAACCCGCCGAUUCUAGUCUAUGAGUAUAUGCGUAAUGGAAGUGUGGAGGAUUGCUUAUCAUCUGCAACAUCCACAACACAUCUCUCGUGGACCAUGAGACUGAAAGUCGCUCAAGAUGUUGCUCGUGGCUUAGCUCAUCUGCAUGAAGGAGCGGAGUAUCAGGUAAUUUUCAGAGAUUUCAAAUCGUCCAAUAUCCUUCUAGAUGAUCAAUGGAACGCUAAGCUUUCGUUCAGAUGGCUUAGUUUACAUCCUCACCCACUCAACUAUAUUUCAACCUCUUCGGUAACAACAGGAUAUUCGGCUCCAGAGUACAAUCAAACGUACAUUGAAACAGGGCAUCUGACAGCCGCAUGCAAUGUAUGGAGCUAUGGGUGCUUCCUGCAUGAACUUAUAACGGGUAGGCUCCCAUUGGACAGAAACCGUAUUAAGAAUGACAUACAGAUUAUAAAAAGGGUGAAGUCCUACCUACAGUCAAAAAGGGUACCUGUUGAUCCAAGACUUGAAGAUGAUUAUUCGAUUAAGUCAGCGCAAAAGUUGUGGAUUAUAGCCAACAGAUGCUUGUCGAAAAACCCGAAGUCUAGGCCAAAGAUGAGUCGUGUCUUGAAAAUGGUUGACAAACUCCUUGGGGUUCCAUCACAAGGGGUGUAGACUUUUUUUUUUUUAAAGUUCCUAUGAAGUUGAAGAAAGAAACAAAGUUUUAUAAGUACAUGCAAAACGACUCACAAUAACAUCUUGGAUCUCUUGAAAUUUUGUUGAUUUUGAGGGAGUACUGUUUUGUAUCAUAUCGAGUAACAAAUUAUGUUUUGUCGUGUAAUUUGCUUCUUAAAAUCUAGGAUUGUUGACUCAAAUGAUCUUGAAGUUACAAAAUUGUCA